GCGUAUAUUUAAACUAACAAUGUUCUUAUUGUUGAAAGGUUUGCGAUUCAUCUCCAUGGCAAUACCUUGAAAGAUCGAAAUGGUGUAUUUUAUAUACAUUGAUUUGGAAAUGAUGUAAUGAGGAAACGAGGAGCAAGUGUUACUCUGGACGCCAGACGGCGCUUGUAAGCAAAUCCUGAUUGCAUUACGGGAUCAUCGGCGAUGGCUCCACAACAGACCCCGGCACCGCUGACAGGGCGUGCCUACUACGGUUUCGUGCUCUACGUUAGCGCGUGGACGUGCAUCUUCUGCUACCUCACGUGGGCCAUCGUGCCGCAUGAAUAUUUACACGUGAUCGGCAUCAGCUACUUACCUCAUCGAUUCUGGGCCAUUGCACUGCCUACUAUAAUUGUCACCGGAGUGGUGCUCUUCAUCACACUUAUAUACCCAGGGAUCAAUCUUUUACUGGCCGUGGCUCCAGAUGACAUGAGAACCCUGUACGAUUCUCACACCAUUCGUCGGGAGAGCUAUGAAGAGCCUCAUAACUGUAGUAUGGAUAGCUGCAGUGACAAUAUAUCACCAGAUCUCGCUACUAGUGUGAAAAAACAAACGUGUAGAAAAUUUGCUUCGAAAUCGGUAGAUGAGAGCGAGGCAAUGGACAACUCCUCUGUGCCUCCAGUAUACGACCUAGACAUCAGUGAAGUUUGUAAAAUUCUAUACGGCCGACAAAAUUAAGAAUCGUCUCUGUUGGAGCUCACGGAGGCGUCCACGUGGACGGCGCCCACUGCACAGGCCAGGAGAAGCAACGUCCCGCCGAGUGCUGCGUACAAAGCCCAACCUGUCAGAGAUACGAUAAAGAUUAAUGCGGACUUAUUAAGGUUACAGAAGCAUUGUUACCUUAGGGCCGUAUUAUCAAGAUCCUUCAAAGUUUACAACUCCAUCUGCCAAGCAGUGCCGGCUUUCCUAACUAAACAAUGCAGUAGUAGAAUAGAUGCGAAUAUUUAGGCAAGUUUCGAUAAUACGGUUACAACUAAAUUGCCGGAAUAGCUAAAAAAAACUGCAAGACUUAUGUGACAUGAGGUAAUAACGAUUUUCCAGUUCGACAUAAGCAGUUAGUUUAAAUGCAAUCAUGCAAUGUGGCUCAGAUUGUAUAAAUCGGUUUAGCCAUAAUGAGGUAUAAUAUAGUAGCUUUAAAUCGCCAAAGAGUUUCCCUAUAUGCGUAUUGAUUGUUUGAUUUCUAAAAAAUAAAAAGCAGUUUCCCAAAAAUUUGUUGUAUACUGCUGUACAUUACAUAUACUCCAAGGCUAGCUGACCCAUAUAUUAUGAAGCCAGUUAUAGCUUAAUUAGAUUUGUGUAAGCAGUAGCAAAAUUACAAGCCAUUAUGCUGAAUAAUAAUCCUCAAAUUUUCGGUUCCAUAAUUCAACCGUCAAUAUGCAAUUAAUUGUUAAUUCUUAGUAAACUUGGAACUGUGACUCAGUUUAGUAUAUUACGCUAAACAUUUUAAUUAAAAUUAUAUCGGUCAAACCAAAA